AUCCGGCGCAGGCAGGCCGUGUGCUGCUCACGCUCCGAAAUACGAUUUAUAUUAUUACGAAAUGUUACUUCGAUGACCAUUAUUAUUAUUAAAAAUAAUAUUAAAGUGUUUGUUAAUAAUUAAAAAAACUUUUUCUUUAAUGUGGAUCAAUGUGUAAUGUUAUUUUGAAAGUUUGGUAUUGUUAAUUACUUUUUAAUAUCCCAUCGAUAAAUUUAGACAGUUAUUAAUAAAUUGUAUAGUAACUGUAAGUAUAAGAAAGUAAUGAAACAGUGAUAAAAUUAAAUUUAACUUUUUAGUGUUGUUUUGUGCGAAAUGUGAGUCAAUUACUUGAUAAGGAGUGUGAAACUUUAUGAUUUUAUUAUGUGCACACAAUUAUAGUGACAAGAAGUGUAUAUGUGACAAAUCUUGUUGGAUUUAUGAUACAUUUUUUUAUAUAUCGAAUCUGAAUAGAUAAACGAAACGAACACAAAAUGCAUAAGCAACGAUCUAGUGUAGUGUUUGUGUGGGUGUGCUUGUUGGCGUCAUGCUGGGCGCAGCGAGCCGAGCAACUCCUAGCCCAGAACCCUUGCUCCAGCAAGACGAUCUGCAGCGACUGUAUACGUACCGCCUUCUGUGCGUGGUGCUUCGCCCCCGAGUUCAACGGGCCCCGAUGUUUUAACCCGGCGGUAGAGGGCGGCACUGGAGGCUGCGAUGAAGCCUAUAUAUUCAACCCCGACAACCAGCGAACUCUCGAUCCUAUGUUUAACAAAGAAUUGACUAGAGCCAGGGGUCGUAUCGGGGCGGGCAUGGAGUCAUCUUUCUACGAGGAGUCUUACAGCAGCAGUAGCACCAGCAUGAAGGGUGGCAGCGGCUACAUGGCUGGAGGAGGCGCGGCUUUCGGCGAGAACUUAGUGCAAAUCAAACCACAACGAGUCAAUAUGAAAUUGAGAAUGAAUCAAAUGGAAAAGAUGUCGUUCUCGUACGCUCAAGCGCAAGACUACCCGGUGGAUUUAUACUACCUUAUGGACCUCAGUAGAUCUAUGAAGAAUGACAAGGACAAACUAAGUACUCUCGGCAGUCUCCUCUCCAGUACUAUGAGGAACAUUACCUCAAACUUCAGGAUCGGCUUUGGAUCCUUCGUCGACAAGCUCGUCAUGCCAUACGUGUCAACAGUACCCAAAAAUUUGAUCUCCCCGUGUGACGGCUGCGCGGCACCCUAUGGAUUCAAGAAUCAAAUGUCUCUUAGUAACGACACUGAUUCCUUUGAUAAAGCAGUUGCCGGUGCUGAUGUAUCAGGUAACUUGGACUCCCCUGAAGGUGGUUUUGACGCCAUCAUGCAGGCGAUCGUCUGUCAGCAGGAAAUUGGAUGGCGCGAAAAGGCUCGUCGUUUACUUGUGUUUUCAACGGAUGCGGGCUUCCAUUACGCUGGUGACGGAAAGCUCGGUGGAAUUGUUCAGCCUAACGAUGGUGAAUGCCACAUGGAAAACAACUCAUACACACACUCAACCAUUCAAGAUUAUCCCAGUAUUUCUCAGAUUAAUCUCAAGGUGAAGGAGCACGGCAUCAACGUGAUAUUCGCGGUGACGUCGGAGCAGUUCAAGGUGUACGAGCAGCUCAGCAAGAACAUCCAGGGCUCCAGCAGCGGCGUGCUCAGUGAGGACUCUGACAACGUCGUCGAAUUAGUGCGCGAACAGUACAAUAAAAUAACAUCGACCGUAGAAAUGAAACACACGUCAAGUGACGCCGUGCAGUUGACCUACUAUUCUUCGUGUCUCGGCCCUAAGGGCAACCUUAAGAAGACGAACAAAUGUGACGGAUUGAAGGUCGGUGAUGUCGUGGAGUUUACCGCGGAGAUAACAUUGAAAGAGUGUCCCAAAGACCCGAGCAAGUGGAAGGAGACAUUCACCAUCUACCCUGUGGGCAUGUCGGAGAGCCUCACCGUCGAGCUGGAGAUGCUGUGCGACUGCCCCUGCGAACACCCUGGACACCAUGCUUACAGCGAGAGUCCGCUAGUAUGCAGCGGGCAGGGUAUAUCCGCGUGCGGCGUGUGCCUCUGUAACCCGGGCCGCUUCGGCAAGGGGUGCGAGUGUUCAGCUCACGGCGGCGCCUCGCUGGAGCAGGAGCGCGGCUGCCGGCCCGGCAACGCCUCCACCGGCCCGCUCUGCUCCGGCCGCGGCUCCUGCAACUGCGGACUCUGCGAGUGCAACAAGCUCGAUGAUCCUCUCAAGGUGAUAUCCGGUCCGUUCUGCGAGUGCGACAACUUCACGUGCGACAUGAACAAGGGCGAGUUGUGCUCGGGGCGCGAGCACGGCGAGUGCGUGUGCGGCAAAUGCGCCUGCAAGCCCGACUACACCGGCCCCGCCUGCCAGUGCCCGCUCGAUGAGACGCCCUGUCUAGCGCCCAACGGCAAGAGUUGCAGCGGGCACGGUCACUGUGUGUGCGGGCAGUGUGUGUGCGACGUGGACGAGGACCGCCACUACACCGGCAUAUACUGCGAAAAGAGCCCCGCGUUACCCAGAAAAUGUUUGGACUUCCAAGAAUGUGUCCUCUGUCAAGUGCACAAGCGAGGCAGACUUUACAAUCCGGAUGAGCCGAAAGAGUGUGGCAAAUGUGACCUGGAACCUGUUAUUGAAGAAGGCAGAAUUGAAGCCAACCAAUCACUGAACGAGAACCUGUGCAACUACUACGACGACGACCACUGCCUGUAUGUGUACGUGUACUCAUACAAUGAAACCGAGCACCUGCACAUCCGCGCGCAGAAGGAGAAAGUCUGCCCCAAGAAGGUAUCGAUCCUGGGUAUCGUGCUUGGAGUGAUAGCGGCCAUCGUGCUAGUGGGGCUGGCACUGCUGAUGCUGUGGAAGAUGGUCACCACAAUACACGACCGCCGCGAAUUCGCACGCUUCGAGAAGGAGCGCAUGAUGGCCAAGUGGGACACGGGCGAGAACCCAAUUUACAAGCAGGCUACAUCGACGUUCAAAAAUCCUACGUAUGCGGGAAAAUAGAUCUGUCAGAUCAGUUUCUGAACCAGAAACUUGAAAUCUCUGUACAUUUAUCUCAUCUGUAGUAAGCAUUUGAAUAAAACAAGCCAACAGUAUUCGCUAAAACAAAAAAAAUAUUUUUAGGAAUUUUUAGAUGUCUGUUUAAAAUAAAAUGCCUUAAAAUUGUGCCUUUAUAUUCAUACCAUAUUUGCAUAAACGAUAUUAUAUACAAUAGAUUUUUAUAUUGUCAAUUUUUUUUAAUAUUUUUUUCAGAAAAUGCUUUAUAAUGGUGUUUUAAUCUCAUACGUUUUGUGUACGCUUUUGUACUUAGUGUGAGUGUUUGUAUGUACUUAUGUGUGUAGUUGAUCGCAUAUUAGACGUUAUGUAGAACCGAAAUAUAUAUAUGAAGAAAAUAUUGAAGCCCCAGAUAGAUACGUAAUAUAUAACUAGAGUUAGGAAGAUAAAACGACAUUUUUACGAUGUACUGGCGCAACACUAGCCUUACUAAAAAGUUUAUGUCCCCUCACUAUUCAUUCUGACACUUGACUUUGUAACUAAAACGCGCUAUUCGCGCCAGAGGUUUCUAAUUAAUAAUGUCUGACACUAGUUAUUAUGCUUAUGCUGUAAUGUGUUAGCAAUUUUAUUUCUUACAUAGAUUAUACUCACAGCACUGCCAAGAUAAUAAUUGUUUAUGAAAUGUGACGCAUAGUUAGUCUUUGGUCAACUCUGAGUCAUGUUAAUGCUUUUAUUAUUUUUAUUUUAUAAAGAAAUUAAUACGAAUACUUUUUUAAUUAUCUUAUCCAAAGCUAUAUUUGAAAAAGAAUGUUAAUAGCAAUAAUUCAUAUUAGUGAGACAAUGAAAUACAAGACUACGUUCAAAAACCAUGAUAAUUUAAAUGUUGGUAAAUGUCCUGAUGUUCAAUGUGCCUUGCAAAAUAUUUUUUAAUUAAAU